AUGGCCACCCCUCCUACCGGUCUCCUCAAGCUCCCCCUCGAACUCCGCCAACAAAUCUACCACUACGUCCUCGUCCCAACCCUCCAAACCCGCACAAUAAUCAUUUCCAUCACCUGUGGGAACUAUACCAAGAAACUACACGGCUUGGAACCAAUCCAGAGCAUAAUCUUCACGAACCGCCUCAUCAACCACGAAACCCUCCACUACUACUUCACACACUUCAUCUUCUACCUCCACAAUAGCUUCUACUCCAUCAUGGACCUGAUGAGCGAAUUCUAUCUGCGGAUCGGCAAACAAAACCGGAUGCGGGUUCGGUACAUUGUGAUACCGCGGUUCAGCGUUGACACGCCAUUUUUCCGAGGCGGGUACUGGUGUACAACGAGUGCUCAGGAGCGAAACGGGAAAUAUGAGGGAUUGGUGAGGGAUAUGGAGUUGGCGUUUAGGAUGUUGAGGCACUUUCGGGCGCUGGAGGAGGUGCAGUUUGGGCUGUAUUUUUCGGAGGUGAGUAGGGAUAAGGGGAUUAGGCCUUGGGUUAGACGGGAUGAUGAUGGGGAGGGAAAAGAGCAGACGUGGGAUUCGUAUAUCAUGGGGGUGUUUGGGGAGGCGAAGAAAGUUUGGCCAACGGAGAAGAUUGGGAUUUGGUGGGAUCGGUUACCGGAGGGGCUUUCUAAUGCGGAAUCACUGCGACUUCAGGAAUAUGGGUUGCAGCAGUUACAGGCAAAGGCUGCACCUACUCGGGUUGAACUUGUGGAAGCUCCAUUGGAAAUUAUUGGGGAUUUUCGUUUCUAG